AUGGUUGUGCGCCAUAUCUAUAGGCGAAAGGGAGGUGCGAGUUUAUCGGACUACUGUAAUAUCCCGGGCAGUGUCUACGACAAGACAGCCCCGUGUGAGACCCCAUCGGACGUGAUCUAUGUGAUCGACGCCCACGACUUGCAAUCGGUGCAGCGGUCGGCCGACAUCGUGGCCGCCACCAACUCCUAUCUCACUCAGAUCAGAGCCGGUGCCGGCGCUAUCACCAUAUUCAUUAACAGUCUCGGCGGCAAUGACGUCAACAAUCAGGUGUGGCUCCCGCAGGGCACCUGGCCUUUGGUUCCCGUCGUCUUUAAUAGCACAAACACCGGGUGCUCGCAGUGCAGGAUCAAUGACUUUAACCAAACCCAAAAGUCUGUGGUGAAGAACACGGGCGCGUUUUUCCGCGCUCUGAACACGACCUUGUUCAAUUACGAGUGGUGGACUCCCCGCACCAACGACUCUGCCAUCCCGGCCAAGUCGGCCGUUAUCAUUGACUUCGGUUCGAUGACUGCGGCGCCCGAUUCGGGCACAGAUCGCGACGAUUACAACUACUUCAAGGAUCAGCUCCGGUACAGACACCGAGACGUCCGCUUCCUUCCCGUCGCCAACGAUCAGAAACUGUUUGAAGACAUUGUCCCCGAAGGCUACCAAACCGACGCUCCCGGCGGUGAUGUCUCCCAAAUCGGCCGCAGUUUAGCGCAAAAGAUAUGC